GACCCCGGCGGGGCAGGAGGAGGAGGAGGAGGUGCAGGACCAUGCUGGCGGGGCUGGGCCGGGCGCUGCGCGGCGACAGGCGGCGGCUCCCGCUGCUGCUGGGCAGGCGGGAUGGCUGCCCGCCGCCCUCAGCGCCUCAGGUGGGACUCUGGAGGCAUACCGGGGCUUGGAGGGGCCUGGAAGGAGCACCUUACAGCACGCUGGUGCCAUCUGAUGAAGUAACUAUUAAUUACAGACAUGGUCUUCCUGUGAUAACUCUUAUGCUGCCCACAAGAAGUGAACGCUGUCAGUUCACUGUCAAGCCAGUAGUGACCACUGUAGGAGCAUUCCUGCAGGAUGUGCAAAGAGAAGACAAAGGAAUUGAGAGAGCUGAAGUCUUUGCAACAGAUGGUAGCAAGGUCUCUGAUGCAACCUUGAUGGAGGUCUUAUUGAUGAAUGACUUUAAGCUUGUUAUCAACAACACAGCAUACAGUGUGUCACCUCCUGUAAAAGAUAAGCUGAGUAGUGAGCAUGCUACUGAAAUGGAAGAUAUCAAAUCCUUGGUUCACAGACUGUUUGUAGCUCUACAUUUAGAAGACCACCAGAUCAGGAAAGAGAGAGAAUUGCUACAGAAACUGGACCAUCUGAAAGGAGAGCUGCUGCCUCUUGAACAGAUGAAAGCCAGAAUCGUGGACAGUGCAGAUGCAAAAACCUCCAGGCUUUUAUGGGUUGGCCUAGCUCUGAUGUCAACUCAGGGGGGAGCGUUGGCAUGGCUCACAUGGUGGGUCUACUCUUGGGACAUCAUGGAGCCAGUCACGUACUUCAUCACCUACGGGAGUGCCAUGGCUUUCUACGCCUACUUCGUUCUCACCAAGCAGGACUACAUUUAUCCUCAUGCUAAAGACAGGCAGUUCCUCCACUACUUCUACCGCAAAUCCAAAAAGCAGCGUUUUAAUGUGGAACAAUAUAACAAGCUCAAAGACGACCUAGCAGAGGCAGAAGAAUCCCUAAGGCGUCUGCGCCAACCACUGCACCUGAGGCUUCCCAUCCAGGAAAUCAGUGACAAGGACUGACCUUGGUUUGGUGUAGAUUGGAGAUACCCUUUCAAAGCUGAUACCAACAUUUAGUUACUCCAUAGCACCUGGGUAUUUUUGACCACUAAAGUUUUAAAAAUUGCAAUAAAUAGCUUUAAAAGUGA